AUGGCUAUGCCUUUAGCCUAUCACAUGACGAAAUGCACGCAAGUUUUAGAGUCCCCAGCUUACCAAACUAUUCUCAGGAGAUCAUUUAUGGAGUACUGGUGUUCGUGUGUGGAGACGUCUCAACAAAAACCUUAUCUUUCAAACUCCGAGGAAUUUAUAUCCAACUCUCAAGCUGAAAAAUCAUUAGUACGGUACCAAAGUGAACUCAACCAAGCAUUUGUCCAAGAUAAUUCUGUAGAAGUUUCGAAUACCAACCCAACAGAAAACCAUGACAAGUAUCAUGCGUCUCCAACAGAGGAGAACAGAAAAAACUUCGAGAUGAAUUUGGAUCUUUUCCUGAGAUCGAAAGGUGUCCAGAAAGAGUGCAAGGUCUCAAAUGCUUCCAGAAAAUUCUACGAGUAUCAAGAUAAAUUGAUAGAAGGGUAUGAAGAAGUGAACAAACCAAACGACGAUAAAUACGCCCGGUCUAAGAUUCUGCGGAAGAAAACGACCUUGUAUGCAAAACUUAGUUUUGCUGCAAAUUUGGUUUUACUAGUUGCCAAGUUGACAGCAGCGAUCCUGUCGGGAUCCAUGGCCAUCAUAACAAGUCUUGUUGAUAGUGUGGUGGAUCUAGUUUCCGGUCUUGUUGUCUGGAUAACGACCAGAGCAGUCCGUAAAACUAACCAUUUUAAGUAUCCAAACGGUCGUCACCUGUUGGAGCCUCUUGCCGUGAUUCUGUUGUCGGUCAUCAUGGGAAUGGCAUCGUUACAGCUUCUGAAGGAGGCGCUUGAUAAAAUCACAGCCUUGUCCAGUGGAUCUAUAACACCGCCCACGGUGGAUUACAUCACAAUAUCUAUAUCGUGCUUCACUGUUGUGCUAAAAUUGAUCUUGUUUCUAUUGUGUCGACGUAUCAUGACCCCUACGGUACAAGCUCUGGCCCAGGAUCAUAGAAAUGAUGUCUUAUCUAACACACUGGCCAUUGUCUGUGGAUAUAUAGGGUCAAGGGAAAUCCAGGACGAAUUAGGAGAAAGAUGUCUUGUAUUCUUGGAUCCAAUUGGGGCUAUAAUUAUUUCCCUAUAUAUUGCAAUCACUUGGUACAUUACCGGAAGAGAUCAAACCAAGCUUUUGACAGGAUACAAAGCGGAUCCAGUCAUUGUCAGUAAAUUGAUCUGGAUUUGUAUGAACCAUCACAACCUUAUAGAAUCCGUUAAUCAUGUGAGCGCAUAUCAUGUGGGGUAUGAAAUCGCAGUUGAACUGGACAUUUGUGUAUCAGCAGAGCUGUCGAAUUACAAGGCACAGGAAGUAAAGGAUUCUUUGAAAACGAGACUGGAAAAAGUUGAUGAUAUUAGUAAAGUUUACAUCAGCGUGGUAUCUUAUAGUGAGGAGCAAUGUAGUAAAUUGUGAAAAGUCCCUUCCAUAGAUGUCUCA